AGCAAGCUGUGUGCAAUCUCCGCUCCCCGUUCCGGCAAUCCACAGUCUUGAUAAGCGGUCAAACAACUCCAGCUUAUGACUUUCGCAGCCUGGAGACAAGCUGCAGUACGAAAAUGGAUGGGAAAACGGUAGCCAUAGUAGCCCUCGGCUCGGCACUGGUAGUGGUUUUUCUCCUCGCACUUUUUCUGGUUAGGUGGAUAUGCGUGCUCAACCGUCCGUACCAGAGACAGCGCAAUGUAAAGCCGGCUCAUACAAGCAUGAUCGAUGACACAAUUAUAGCAUCAGACUCACCUGAAUCUUCCGGAAGACUGGCAUUGCUUCCACUCUCUACUGCGGAUGAUCUUUCCCAGGACGCCUCACCCACUGAAAUUCCAGCUUUGGACAUCUGCUCAUCGCUGGAAUCGCCAGAGUUGCCUCCCAAGCCUAUACAGCCGUCAUUGGCCCUCACUAAAACAGCUAUUAGCGACAAGGGAGAGAAGCGCAACACACACGAAGUCGUCCAUAUUAGAAACAGAAGUGGAAGCGGUCGCAUGAAUGAUAGUGGAAGCGUCGGAAAAUCAGGAUUUGGCAGCUUUCAGGGACCUGCCAUUGAGAUACCGAUAGACGAUAUCCCGCCAGAAAACUCUGCUUUUCCAAAUGACAGCAGCCUCUCUUCAAAGGUUGAAGGUGACACCGCCCGUUUUCGAUUACUGUGGAAGGAUCAUUCCCCGAUUCUCUCCGUUUCAAUACCACUAGACACUAUAUCGGCAGCACUUACUUCCCGUGCAAAUACUAUCACCUCUCAGACAACGGAAAGUGACAAUGGAAGCUGUCGGGUGUUUCGGAGGGAGCAAUCCACAAUCGCUCCACAAACACGGCAAUCAUCCGCGAUCCGAUCAAAUCGAACAAAAUUGGAACGUACAGGUUCAAUUGAGUACGAGGAACUGACGGACGAGAUCGAAGCCAGUACGGCUCGCUACCUCGGAGUCACUCUGGACGAAAAUCUUCGCUGGUCACCGCAAGUCACCUCUAUCGUCCGACGCACGGCUAUGAAGCUGCGGAUCCUCCGCCAGAUCCGGCACUGCCUAACAGUGAGGCAGGCGAUGCUGUAUUACUCUGCCCUUGUCAUACCGGAUAUUCUAUAUGCGUCGAAUGCGUUUCUCCCAGGACUGUCCGCUGAGCAGCGGAACACAGUAGCCAAACUGGAUAAACGUUGUAUCCGUUGCGUGGCCGAUGAGCACCCAUUGGCCCACACUCUUCCCCUGUACACCAGGCUGGGUGUCUGCUCAGUGCUGGAACGAGGAGAAUGCAAGCUCCGACUCCUGACAUUUAGAAUCCGUUCUGGAAUCGUCAGUGAGCUGUUGUCGUCCCGAAUUGUAUUGCAAGGCCCGCCGACAGGCAUGACCACUCGAGGUCAAUUGGGACGCAACCUUCCCCUCCCCCUGGCCCACAGUGCUUCUGGCGCAUGCCGACCGCUUCUAGCCAGCUGCCGACUCUGGAAUGGCCUACCCGACUGUAUGAAGUCCAUAGUAUCUGUCCGUGAAUUCAAACGCAUGCUGCGCGUAUUUUACUUCGGUUAAAUGUAAUGGCUUUUGUAACCUGCUGAUGAGGCUCGAUAGAAUCAUGCUACGAUGACCCGACUUGUAAAUUUGAGAUCCAUUUUUUUCUGCUCGUCUUGACCCUGCCUCCUCUCAUUGCUACUUCCAUUUUCGUAUUUCUAUUUUCAUUUAUUUUUCUCUUCAUUUCUGACUCCUCUUACUGGUUGUCAUCGCUUCCAUAAUAUUGGGCAGAACUGCCCGUUUGCCUUGCGAUGUAAAAUAA